CCUUGUUCAUACAUGGCCAUUACUUCUACCUUCACACUUUUUUUGGUGGUAGGUUGCUUAGAACAAAGAGGGCAUCUACCAUGUCUCGUCUCUAUAAAUAAGCCACCCACCUCAUUCCUUCCUCCCACUAGGAAUUCAGAAAGGGCUGGUGAGGAAGAUUAGGUACAAUAGAGGAAUCCAGCAGUACGCACUAUCACCAUCAACCAUCCAUGGUGAAGCGUAGCAGCAGCAGCAGCAGCAGCAGGGUCCUUGAUACUUCCAACUCUUCCAUCCCACCCCCUAACCACACCACCACCACCAAGCUCCGACCAAAGGAUGAAGGUAUUAGGAAGAGGCAGUACAAGGGAGUGAGGAUGAGGAGCUGGGGUUCCUGGGUCUCAGAGAUAAGAGCACCCCAUCAGAAGACCAGGAUCUGGCUGGGCUCCUAUUCCACCCCUGAAGCCGCUGCGAGGGCCUACGACGCCGCCCUCCUUUGCCUCAAGGGCUCGUCGGCCGCCCUCAACUUCCCCACCUCCCUCCCCUACCACCCUGCUCCCAACACUGUCAUGUCCCCGAAGUCCAUUCAGAGAGUCGCUGCUGCCGCCGCGAACGCCGUCACCCCGACAACCUCCACGCUCGGCCCUGCGACCACCCCAUCGCCUUCAUCACCAUCCUCGCCAUCCGAAGACUACUCUCCGUCCGCGACGACGACGAGCUCGAACAGCUGCAUGGCGAGCACCAUCGAAGACAAAUCGUGGAUCGACUUCGGAGCGUUCCAGUCACCGAAGCUCAUGGAUCAAAUGAUCAGCCCAUUGAUCUCUUCUUGGGAGGAGUUGGAUGAGGAGGGAGACUUCGAACUUUGGAGCUUCUGCUAGAGAAUGAGAUACUGCAUAGCUUCUAAUCCAUUCACGAAUUAGAUGUUCCUUUUCACCUCUUCUAGAUUUAGAUGAAAUAAAGAGAGGUGAUACUGACAGUUGAGUGACCGCAUUGGCCUUCAUCUAUUUGAUUUAAUUUUAUUUCAGAUAGUUGAAGAUCCCAUGGAGCUACAUGGUUUUAAGAUUCAGGUUGUUCCUCGGAGUUUCUACAAUUGCACACAAACGUAGGUUUCUAUAUUUUGCAGACUAGUUGUUCAUUAUGGGAUUACUUCAUUAUCUCCUGUGAAUGAAUGGAUUCCGAUCAUUGCUUGGAAAAGAAGCAAGUGAUCAGGAAUUCCUUUUCCUAGAAAGUUAUAUACUUGUGAGGGAAGCCAUGAACACCAAUAAUAAAUCCAGAUGUCCUUUGGCAAUGGCCGUUGGAUUGACAUAAUAGAGGGGGGUCUGGAUGAGAAAAGGGCCGGAUCUGUGUAUUCUCUUCAACGAGCACAGUUGAGACUGUUGGUGGCACAGUUCUUUAGCUCCAUCUGCUUUGGAAUAUAUUCCCAUGAUUCAAAGCGUCCAAAUGUGUCCUUAUUUCAUCGAAACUUUAUAUCUGUAACACUGCUUUAUGUCAAUGCAUUAUUGUGGCAACUGUAGAAGAGAGCCAAAAUCGGCCAAAACGAAUAAAUUUUCUAUCUUCUACGCGGUUACCUUUUAGGAUUUCUAUUAUUUCAUUUCUGCGAGAAAAAAAAAAGAGAGCUCACUGCUCGGUGCAUGAAAAUCCAUCGUGAUAUGUACAUAUAUGCAUGUCUAUAUGUAUUUUCGCACGUACAUAUGUUUGUAUGUGCUGUGUUUAAUGGGAAAGCCUUCUGGACUCAA